CCAAGAUCUCGAGUACAGCUGGAGUGGAGUGGCACUUUACCACGUAGGAUGCCUUUAUCUGAGCCACUUUGUUCUGCCACUGACUGCGUUUCUUCACAGUCUUUCCAAGAUCUCCCACAAAAAAAUGCACUUUCUCCUGUCAAGAAGUGAAAACUGAUGAUCCAUCCCUGGACAAUUCCACGGAGAAGGAAAAUACUGUUGAACUCACUAAGCAAUCGACUUCUGAUCCCUAAGACUCGCCGUAGUUGGCAAAAUGUUUUGUAAACCUCAAGCACAGUAUUAAAAGGCUAUUAGUACUUCAGUAUUUUUUGUAGUAUUUUAAUUUAUCUUGCUUAUCUCUUUUUUUUUUUAAACAGAGUCACAGAUUUAUUUAUUUAUUUAUUUAUUUAUUUAUUUAUUUAUUUAUUUUUGGCUGUGUUGGGUCUUCGCUGCUGCACGCGGGCUUUCUCUAGUUGCGGCGAGCGGGGGCUACUCUUCGUUGUGGUGUGCGGGUUUCUCAUUGUGGUGGCUUCUCUUGUUGCAGAGCACGGGCUCUAGGCACGCGGGCUUCAGUAUUUGUGGCACAUGGGCUCAGUAGUUGUGGCUCACGGGCUCUAGAGUGCAGGCCCAGUAGUUGUGGUGCACGGGCUUAGUUGCUCCCCGGCAUGUGGGAUCUUCCCGGACCAGGGCUCGAACCCAUGUCCCCUGCAUUGGCAGGUGGAUUCUCAACCACUGUGCCACCAGGGAAGUCCCUCUAACUCUUUAUUAAGUUUUUAUUUAUUUAAGACUUACUCCAACUGCUAUAGUGAUAACUAUUUUUAUCUUGUCAGUGUUAUAUGAGAUUAGAUGUAACUGUUGGAUUGAUUUUAAAAAAGAAAAACCACUGGAGAUGAGAUUUGAGUAGUCUGCUCACUGUUACCUUCCUGAACAGCCUUCAGAGUAAAGACAGUUCAUUACUCUCUACCUGAUAUUUUAAAAAAAUGGAAGUAACACAACCUUCCCCAAAUGGAGUAUAUGAGUCUGAAGUUCUACAUGGCUUCUUAAAGCAUACGUACCCCAAACUGCAAUAUCAAUUAGACAUCACAUUUGAUCUUACUUUAUUUGUUAAUCUUCGUGUUAAAGGAGAGAGCAAAUAUCAAAAUUAAAAGUACAAAUUAUAAGUCUGACACCUUUAAUUAAAAAAUUAAUUAGUUAGUUAAUUAGUUUAUUUUAAAGCGGAGCUGACUGUAGUCCAGAGAGGUGGGGGUCUGUCUGGAGUGACCGGCUUCUAAGGGCCAGAGCCCAGACUGAACACAGGUCUCCUGCGUCUGUCAGGGGCCUCUGCUUCUGCUUCACAUCACCUCCGCCGCCACUGCAGCCUCGCUAUAGAAUCAGAGCUCUAGAAUUAUGUGAAGGAGGAAUCCAGAUCAUUCCACAAGACCUUUUAACCAUCUUUAGAAUAUCUAAGGGGGCAUUAGGGACUUAUAAUGUAUUUGGUAUAGAAUUAGGAGAUCUACAAGAAAAAUUUUAUGAAAAUUCUGUUUAAAAGUUCAUUUUAAUGUUAACAUUUUAUUACACAAAUUUCAGGUUUUAUACAGAGAAUGUUGGAAUUCCUCAUUUUCCUCAAGAUUUUGAAGUUGCAAAAUAUAACACCUUGGAAAAAGUAGGGACAUAGGGAGGUAAGGAGACAGCCAUGGUGGAGCUGAGGUGCCCCCAGAACCCUGAGGACCCCAGGGAACACGGCUUUCUGAUAUCCGCACACUUCCUCCUGGCCGACGGCAUCGAGACCAGGAGGCAGUUCUCUGUAAAGAAAACCUCUACAGAUGCGAGUGAAUACUAUGAAAAUUACAGUGAAGAGCUGAAGAAACAAGGGUUUCCACUAAGAGAACAUCUGGCACCCGAAGCAACCCAGCUAGCAUCUGAAAAACUGCAAGCACUCCUUUCAGAGGAGGCCGUAAAUUCAAGCGUUCUGAGCCCAGAGGUGAGCGGUUUGGUGGAGAUGCUCUGGGCGGAAGCUCUCGGCCACCUGGAGCACACAGUGCUCAGACCGGUGCACAGGACGAGCCUUAAUGACGUGAGCAAGGCAGAGGGAAUUCUCCUCCUAGUAAAGGAAGCGCUGAGAAAUGGAGAAACAGGAACAAGUGCAGACGAUGAUGGCUGAGUUCUACAGGUUAAUACCUCACAGAGCCGCCCCGGCCGAGAAGGUCAGCCUGAGGCUGCUGGCUAAGAAAGGGGACCUCUGCCUGGUCAGCCUCUGCGCCGUGGAAUUCAGUUUACAGUUUGUUGGGGGCAGGGAAGAGGAGUCUUUUCACAUCUGAUGACUAAGCUAAUAAGAGACAUGGUUAACCUCUGUGAAACUAAUUUGUCCAAACCCAACCCACCAUCUCUUGCCAAAUACCGAGCUCUGAGAUGCAAAAUUGAGCAUGUUGAACCGAACACUGAAGAAUUUUUCAGAGUUAGAGGUGUUGCAGAAUAAUCACAGUAAAAGUCCAGUGGACAUCUUGCAGAUAUUUAGAGUUGGCAGACUGAGUGAAACCACGGAGUUUUUGAGCCACCUUGGCAAUGUGACACCCUCGCUGCACAGGUCCCCUGUACAGAGCUUUGUAGGAAUCCUGUCCUGUUAAAUACCUAAGCAGAAACGUAAAAAGAGAGACUUCCCUGGUGGCACCGUGGUUAAGAAUCCGCCUUCCAAUGCAGAGGAUGCGGGUUCGAUCCUUGGUCGGGGAACUAAGAUCCCACAUGAGCAACUGAGCAACUGAGCCCGCCGGCCACAGCUACUGAGCCCACGCUCCACAAGGAAAGAUCCCACGUGUGGCAACUAAGACACAAUACAGCCAAAAAAAAAAAAGAAAAAGAAAGAAGGAAAAAAAAGAAACAUAUAAUAUCCAUCUGGAAGGACUUCCCUGCUGGCGCAGUGGUUAAGAAUGGUACACACACACACACACACACACACACACACACGCACGUAAUUUGGUUAUGUUUUUUCAAAAGGCAAGAUAAUGGGAAAACUAAUAAAACUAAUAAAAUAUUAUCUCUAGGGGGAGGGGGAGGAGACAAGGAUGGAAGUUAAGUUUCUCCUAAUGUACCUUGUUUUAUGGUUUUGACUUUGAAACUAUGUAAAUAUUUUACAUAAUAAAGAUCAGAUAUCAGAGAA